AUGACCUUGGAAUGCGGCUACGUCUGCUGCCAACGGUGCCUCGACUCCCUGUGGAAGGAGCCCCUGGCGGAGGGCGUGCUGUGCCCCCAGUGCUCCAUACUCUCUGAGAAGGACAGCACCGUGCACCACGUCCAGCUGGACAGGAUAGUGUCCAAGAUGAAGAAACUGGAGCCCAGGCUGAGGGCCAUUCUGAAGCUAAACCCAAGGAUAAAGAAGUUCCAAGUGGACGUGACACUGGACGUGGACACGGCGCACAGCCACCUGGCCAUCUCCCCGGACCUGCGGAGUGUGCGCUACGCGGGCUCUGCACAGCGGGGGAGCUCUGGAGCCGAGAGAUUCGACUCUCCGUGUGUGCUGGGCUCCCCACGGCUGGAAUCUGGCCGCAGCUACUGGGAGGUGGACGUGGGCACCAGCCGUGAGUGGGAUGUGGGGGUGUGUGCGGAUGCGGCCAGCCGCCGGGGCCCGCUGCAGCUGUCGACCGAGCACAGCUUCUGGACUGUGGGGCUGCGGCUUGGGAAGAUCUUUGCUGCCUGCACGGAGCCAACGACCGAGCUGCGGCUGCUGCCCCGCCUGCGCCGCCUGGGGAUCCUGCUGGACGCCGAGCUGGGGGUCCUGACCUUCUGCGACGUGGCGGACGGUGGGCACAUCUUCACCUUCACUGGCGUCACCGCGCGCCCGCUGCGUCCCUUUUUCUCUCCAGCGAACACGCUUCCUGACGACCGCGGCAUCCUGCGCAUCUGCCCAGUGACAAUGCAGCUCUACAAGGACUAUCCACCCCGACUUAGGACGGCGGAAGAAGGGUGCAGAAGAGGGACCAGCACAUGGCGCCUUCUGCGAGAUGGCCCGGGAGGCGAGGUGGCGAGUGAGGGGGAGACGCAGGCUGGAGACCGGUAG